CAACUCCAGCAUCGACCGUAUCGAUAUAAGCAAACAUAUCUCAUCGUCAUCGUACUUGACUACAACAGAACUUCCCUGUGCCGGUUUUACAACACCCCCGACGAGUGCCGGAAGGGGGACGCCCGGGCCUUCACCGCAACCAUGGCAGCCGCAGACAUUCGUGAUAUGCUGGAUCUGCCCCAGGAAAGCCAGCCCAGACCAGCAAAGAAGCAGAAGGUUGCUGAGCCAAAACGGCCUGAAGGGUACAACAGAGAGCUAUACGCGUUACUUGGAGACAAAGCUCCUCCGAUCGCGCUCACGGAGAAUAAAUACAAGGGACGGAGAAAAUGGGCAAGCAAGCUGAAAGUGAGGCCAUGGGAAAUUACCUCGUUCACCAACGCCGCCAGGACCGACGACCUCGUCUUGCGCCACUGGCAGAGAAAAGCUCCCCCCAAGAACCUAGCGCCCUCCGGGGAACCUACGACUGCGGAAGCCGGCGACGUUAACAGCCUGACGGAACGGCCGGAAACGAAGCCAGAAGAAGAAUACCCUUUUGCGAAAUAUAACGUCAAACCGCAAAUACCGAGGAGAUACACUGACGCAGAAUACGAUAAGCACCUUCAAAGCGACCUUUGGAGCCGCGAGGAAACAGAUUAUCUUAUGGACCUUGUUGAAGAAUUUGAUUUGAGGUGGAUCCUUAUCGCAGAUCGCUACGACUACCAACUAAAGGUUCCCCAGUCAGAAGGAAGUUCAACAGCUCUGGUAGCACCAUCUAAACGAAGGACAAUGGAAGAGAUGAAGUCGCGAUAUUACACAGUUGCUGGGAAAAUGCUGGCAAUCGAACGUCCUCUUUCGGAGAUGUCACAAUCCGAAUUCACCCUCUACGAAACAAUGAUGAAAUUCAACCCCGAGCGCGAAAGGCAGCGCAAAGAGCUGGCCAUUGUACAGUUCGAUCGAAGCAAAGACGAAGUCCAGGAAGAAGGUCUACUCCUCGAAGAACUAAAGAGAAUCGUAGGAAACGAACAAAGCUUCGUCGACGAACGCAAGGAGCUCUAUUCCCGUCUUGAAGCACCGAUCAGCACCGGCAACAGUGCAAUGUACCAAUCAAGCCACGGUCUUGCACAACUGCUACAGUCUCUCCUACAGGCGGAUAAGAACAAAAAGCGCCGCUCCCUCCUCGGCCCAGAGCAAGGCGCCCCCAGUCCAGCUGGCGCCGCGCAAAGCAGCGCCCAAAGCUCCCGCGAGAGCCGGCCCGAGACCCCAGCAGCCACCACAUCCCAACCAGUUACAAAAAAGGGCGGCGCAGCCGCCGCCGCCGCAGCAGCAGCCCAACAACCCGCAAUUCGAACUCUUACUCCUUCCGAGGAAGCCAAAUAUGGCGUAACCCGCCACGAUCGCCUCACCUCGGGCGUUCAGUUCCGCAACGACAAAGCCCAAAAGCUUACACAAGCAAAAUCAAACAUUCAGUCGCAAAAGAUCGCCGCUGCCCUUACAGAGCUGGACAUUCCGCCGCGUUUGUUCAUGCCCACGGAAAAGGUGUGCAAAGAAUUUGAGAAGCUGAUUCAUUCAGUGAAUAUUCUGCUCGACAUGAGGAAGUAUGCGGAGAAAGUGGAGGCAGAGAUCAGGAUAUUAGAGGCUGCUAAAGAGGAGAGAGAGAGAAAAGAGCGAGAAAAGGAGGAAGCGCAGGAGGCUGAGGGCGGGGAGACGUCAGCUGCGGAUGGUAGCAAUCCCGUGGAGAUCAAAGGUGAAGGACAGAAAGAGGAGACAAAACUCGAUGCCCCAGACGAUGGUGCUUCUUCUACCAAGGGCCCGACAGGUUCAUCCCACAAGCGCAGCGCCAGUGUGCUCAGCACUAUGAGCGAGAAGAGUACCAAAAAGCAAAAAAAGUGA